GCGGGGGGGAGGAGGAGGAGGAGGAGGACGGAGAAGAAGAAGACGAAGGAGGAGAAGGAGGAGGAGGACGGUGGACUCGCUAACGACGGCGAACGUCCUCGAGGGUGCAAGAUACCAGCACCAGCAACACGAGCGGCGACGAUGAUCGUGACAGGCGGCGAACGACGUACAUGUUGUUGGAGGAGGAGGCGGCGGUUCGCGGUCGCGGUACUGGCCUCGGCCCUACUCACCCUAGCGAUCGGCCCCGCGCCGAUCGAGGGGCACAGGCCAGCGCCGAUCAUCGUGCAAACGAGUAGCAACAAGACAACUACGCCCCUGUUGGCCCACUCGGUGAACGGUACUUGGCCUCCACCGAACGGAAACGAGAACAACAACGAAGCCGACCUACGCGCGGAGGACGGAUACAACAGCAGCGUUCAUCACCACCAUCACAAGAAGGUCGGCGGCAACAUGACCGAGGAAAAGGCGCCUCUCUUUCCCCAAGAUCUCUUCACCGUCCAUCAACGGCGACGCGGUGCCGUGAUUCUCCACGUAAUCGGUGUUGUGUACAUGUUUGUCGCUUUGGCGAUCGUUUGCGACGAGUUCUUCGUGCCGUCUCUCGACGUGAUCAUCGAGAAACUCGAGAUCGCCGACGACGUUGCGGGUGCUACCUUCAUGGCGGCCGGUGGUUCGGCCCCCGAACUGUUCACAUCGAUAAUCGGCGUGUUCGUGUCGUUCGACGAUGUCGGUAUCGGCACUAUCGUCGGUUCCGCCGUAUUCAAUAUUCUCUUCGUGAUCGGCAUGUGCGCUAUAUUCUCGCGUACCGUGCUCUCCCUCACAUGGUGGCCUCUAUUUCGCGAUUGCACCUUUUAUAGCGCCAGUCUGCUCACCCUGAUCUAUUUCUUCCGCGAUAAUUAUAUUCACUGGUACGAGGCCCUCGUACUCUUCGGAUUCUACUUGGCUUACGUGAGCUUCAUGAAGUGGAAUCAACCGAUGGAGAAGCUCGUCAAGAGAGUGCUUCACAGAAAUAAGGUGACCCGGGUGAGGUCUACCGAUCAGCUGAUGCCCUCGCACCAGAGCGCCGCCCAGGCAUUGCAGCAUCCGAACGCGACGAACAGUAGCGAGACGAGCGUGGGUGGCGUGUCGGGUGCAUGCGGAAGCAGCGGCAUACCGGCGGGUGGAGAGGCCGGGUGCAGCAGCAGAGGUGGCAGCAGCAGUGGUGCCGGUGGCACGGCCGGACAGGGCUGCGAGCAGGGAGCCCACGGUGGCUCCUCGUCUCAUUCCAGGGAGAGCCACGCCAAGUUCAGGCACGGCUUGCUACAGCUUAUGAUCCACACGAUCGAUCCGCUCCACGACGGUCAGUCCCGCGCCGGCAAAGUGGACGAGAAAGCGACGCAACUGCACGCGAUAGCCUCGCUAAAGGUGCUGUUGGAUGCCACCAGGCCGCAUAACGGUGCAGCUACGUCGACCGCCGCCCAUUACUCAGGUGCAUCGUCGAAAGAGACCACCCUACAGUUACAGCAAGGCUCGCAGGGCACCACCACGACCACCACUACGACAACGACCACGGCCGGCACCACCGCCGGCAUCCAAGAACUUCCCAAUGGCGGUAUAGCCGCUGGCCUCGACGCGGGCCUCGAUUCGGGAGAGGAGGAUGACCCUCCGGAAGCGUUGGACAUGGGGUGGCCCAGCAGUGCCAGGAAGAGGUUAACUUACAUUUUAGUCGCGCCAAUUCUAUUCCCUCUUUGGCUCACGUUACCAGACACGAGGACACCCAGAGGAAAGAAGUUCUUCGCGGUGACGUUCAUCGGCUCGAUCUUUUGGAUCGCGGCUUACUCGUACCUGAUGGUCUGGUGGGCGAAUGUCGCCGGCGACACGGUUCGCAUUCCACCGGAAGUGAUGGGCCUGACGUUCCUGGCCGCCGGCACCAGCAUCCCAGAUCUGAUCACCAGCGUGAUAGUCGCGCGGAAAGGAUUCGGCGACAUGGCCGUGUCGAGCUCGGUUGGCAGCAAUAUCUUCGACGUGACCGUUGGGCUUCCGGUACCGUGGCUGCUGUACGGCUUGAUCUACGGAAGACCCGUGGAAGUGAACUCGGUGGGGAUGGUGUGCAGCAUAGCGAUCCUAUUCUGCAUGCUGCUGUUCGUCAUCUUGAGCAUCGCCUGUUUCAAGUGGCGGAUGAACAAGGGCCUCGGGUUCACCAUGUUCCUCCUCUACUUCGUCUUCGUCGCCGUCUCGCUGAUGUUCGAGUACGAGUUCCUGGUCUGUCCGGUCUAGGAACGAGGAGCAUCCGAGCAAGCCAGAGGUCCAACGAGGACGGUAGAUGGACGCACAUUUACGGGUCUCGUCAUCGUCAUUAUCAUCGUCGUCGGCGAGUGGUCCACGGCCGACGAGAGAAAUCUUCCUCGAGCGCCGCAUCGAUCGAAAAGAGGAAAGAGAAAGAAAGACACGAUAACAGCCUUCCCGAAAUAAUUAUCGAAAACAGUGUUGAUGCACCACAUCCCCCUUCCCUCGUUCCCCGAGAAUCUCGUUACCCUCCCAAAACGGUUAACACGUUACCCCAGGUUACGAAGCGUUUUUGUUCUAGUCGAGAUACGUGUACAUAUUGUAUAAACCUUGAAAUACCUGAAACAAAAUACUCGUCUCGUUAAGAAUCGCAGCGACCUCCUGUUCGAUGGAACAGUCGUUGCUGAAACGCAGCGAGCGUGUCUCUCGAUCGUGCCAACGAUUGCGCGAAGUAAUAUCGACUUUAUAUAAUAUCAUAGAGAGAGAGAGAGAGAGAGAGAGAGAGAGAGAGAGAGAGAGAGAGAGAGAGAGAGAGAGAGAGAGAGAGAGAGAGUUGCACCAUUUUAUUCCUCCUUUUAAUCUUUUCUUAUUCCUUCUUCUUCUUCUAUUACUACCACUGUUACUAUUACUACUGUUAUUAUUACUACUACUUGCUACUACUUACUACUAUUACCACUACUAUUAGUACUACUGUUAUCACUACCACUACUCUUUCUCUUCUUUCUUAUUCUUCUUCUUCCCGUGUAUUUCUACUCGUACGAAAAAACUACCAACUACGUUUCUCUUACGAUCUCGACUUAUCCUAGAUGUAGAAUCUUUAUUCAAGACAAUUCGCUCGUCGACGCCACUCGUUAGGUUCCCGCGUACGCUCGAAGCUUGACGCGCCGAUAUCUCGAAACACUCUCUCCUUUUCCUCCUCGUUUUCCAACGCGACUUUUCUCGAGAAUCGUCGAAUUCGCGACCAGGUUUACGCCUACGUCCAUCUAAUCAAGAAGGAAGAGAUAUUUUUCGUAGACAUGCUUCGAUUCGUGACUUUCCAAGUGGCGUUAGUCGAACUGCCAAAUCGUUCCACGAAGGAAACAAUGAAUUUGCUAUCGUGUAAAAUAAUAUAUAUAAAUAAAUAAAUAAAUAAAUAUAUAUAUACAUAUAUAUAGUUCUCGAUCGCGAUUUACGAUCGUUUGGCACGAUUCCAUUGCUGGCGGUGAACGAUUCCUCGUUGGGCAAUGGACGGGCUGACCGCUCGCUGAUUUCUCUCUCUAAAAAGCAACAUUCUCUUUUCGCCUAUAAUCGUAGAAUAUAGCCAAUCUACUGUGUCGUGUUCGCAAAAUCUGCACGGAUGCGAUUUCUGACGGUCGACGCUUCGUUUUCGAGUCGUUUCCGGGAAAAUGUGCGAGGCAUUCGCAAUCGGGAUCCUCCUUCUUCCACGCUUUUUCCAAUUUUCGAACAAAGAAAAGAAGGGGAAAAGAUCGAAACGACGUCGUGAGAUUAAAUUAAUUAAUCGAUAAUUCAGGGACGAAACGACCAACGUUUCGAUUUUGAUCGAUCGCGCAAUCGCCUCGAAUGAUCGUUGAGGACGCGCGCGUGAUACCUCGACACAUACGUUGUUACGCCGUUUGUUACGCCGCGAAACAUUGAUAUUGUUCAAAGAAAUAAAAAAAAAAAAAAGAAAAAUAAACGAACUGCGACUCCACUUUCGAUCGAACAGAUCGAACGUGGCAUGAUUUUUCUCGAUCGAUUGGAAACGAAUUCGUCGAUCGCCAAAAGUGCGCUCCAUUCCUGCACGCCGAGAACGGAAGCGGCGCCGGUUCGGAUCGCGAAUCGCGGAAACGAUGGCGGUCGAAUCGAUCCUUUGAAUAUCGCAGAUACGAAAUUUCUUAUCUCCCUUCUGAUUGUAUAAUAAAAAAAUAGAAGAACGCCUUCAAGAGCUUCCCGAGCGGGCUGUGGUAAUUUCGAGAGGAGCAACAACAGCCGAGAAGAACCGCCCUCGUUUCGACGAACGAGAGCGUUCGUUUUGCCGAGGAUACGCGGCUCCGGUUCCGGGCGUGCCCGUUUUUAAACUUGGAUUACUAACUAACUAAAACUAUCGAGCAAAUAUAAUCUACGUAAGAGGCACGAGGAGAGAUCGAACCUUCCUAAAAUCGCGUAGCGAAAUUAAAAGGAAAGCUGUUGGAGGGAACGCGGUGCAGCCGGCUCGUUCGUUCUUCGAAACGAGAACACCCGCGACGCUUGCCUCUGCACCUUCUAUUUUGACGGUAUUCACCAAAACGAUCGACGAGAGAGUAACUGCACACCGUUCUUUCUAGCGUGGAAGAGUAAACGAGCUAGCAACGAUCUCGCGCGAGGAACGAGAGAAUGAAGAAGAGCGUUUCGAGCGACGAAUACGAGAAGCCGAAGAGGACGAACAGACUUUUUGAUUACGUACAUAUACAAUACAUACAUAUAUAUAUAUGCGUGAGAGAAGGAAGUUUCGUGAUCUCGAGAGCGAUUCUCACUAAGCUAUUUUUCACUAACAACAAUUCUUUCGAGUUUUCGACGCCACGCUACGCCACGCUAUGGUGAUAUCGUUAGACGAUGUUAAAUAAUUAUAUUAUUAUAUAUCGUUGUUACAUGUACACGCGAGCGGAGAAACAGAGAGGAGUGCGAGAGAUGGAGCGAGAAAGAAUGAGAGAAAGAGAGAGAGAAAGAGACGUGUACAGAGGAUAAUAAGUGUGUGAGUGGAAUAUGAAAGAAUGAAAGGGGGGAGGGAGGGAGGGUGAAUGUGGCAGAGAGAUAAAAGCGAAGAAGAAGAGAAAAACUUUUUAAUUCGUGUUAACAGAAUUUCUGUAUUAUAUAAAAAUGUUUCAAAGUACCGUUUUGACCGCGUAGAUUGUAACAAAUAGUUAUAACGUGAUACCGACUAAGUUUUAGGAAUAUCGAAAAAAAAAAAUAAAAAAUAAAAAGUAAAAAGUAAAAAAUAAAAAAAAAUAAAAAGAAAAAAAAGCGGAGAAGAAAUGUGAAUAAUAAUCGCAGCGUGAUCGCUGCGCGACGAGACGAUUAGAAAGAGCGACGUAUGUAUCCGGAACCGCCUGAACGCCUAACAGCGGCCUAGCUUUUUACUAAAGAAGAAAAAACAGGAAAACAUAAAAAAAAAAAAAAAAGAAAUACUCUCGCACGACGCAAAAAAGCUGACGCAAAGAAUCAAAUCGUAACGAGGAGAGACCAGAAAUUCACUUGGGAUGAAACGGAGAAGAAGAGGAACAAAGAAAAAAGAAAGAAAGAAUGGAAGAAAAGAAGAACACAGGGAACAUAACAGGGAUUCGGUAACGAAAUUAAACGAGAAAUUUCACUCUUCGCGCAUACUUCAAACGUUGUCACGCUUUUGUAUAUUCUCGACUCGAAACUGAAAAAAGGGAAGGGAAUCGUGGAACGGUUCUCGAUCGCGUUCCGAGAAAAAGGAAACAUCGUGUUUGCGCCCCCGUUCUCUCUACGAGUCAUCCUUGCUCUUAAACUCUUUUUAGCCGCUGCUAACACACGUCUUACACGUCUAUCGUUCUCGCUCUUCUUGCCACAAAACGUCCGAGUGUUGUUUGACCCUCCCGUUUUCCACCGACUUUCACAUCUCUAGCAUCGAAUUAAUCUUACGCUUUUAACACUAUUAAUUCCACUAUUGAUCCGUGGUGGCGAUCGGCCGUGGUGGUAAUCGACUCUCUCCAGGAUUUGUCGCGGAAGAAGAGGAAGAAGAGGAAGAAGAGAAAGAAGAAGAAGAAGAGGAAGAAAAGAAAGAGGAAGAAAAGAAAAAAGAGAAAGAAAAGAAAGAAGACAAAGAAGAGAAAGAAGAAAAAGAAGAAAAAGAAGAGGAAGAAGAAAAAGAAGAGGAAGAAGAGCGAGGAUCAUCGCCGAUCGUCUCGCGUUGCAUCGCGUCUAAUUGUCAGCUGUUCGCCUUAUCGUCUACUGAUACUAUUGAUACUUCAACAACAAGGAAAAAAACAGAUGUGGUUUCGGAUUGAUUCGUGAAAGUAAAACCGAGAUUCGCGAGAGGGAAGAAAAGCGUGGGUAUAAAUGAGGGAGAAAAAGAGAGAGAGAGACGGAAAGGACAAUGGAAGAGUGAAUGCAGCAGCUUCUCACGAGACGAUUUGACACGAAUGAGCGAGCAACGUUAAAGCGCGUAGAUUAUUAUAAACGAACGAGAGCAGGAGAGGAAACCUUUAGCGCGAAGUAGCUGAUAGGACGUAGCGUUUCUUAAUAGUUUCGUAAACGAUUAUGAGAAGCAAGUAGCGAAAGAUGCACAAUACGAUCUUCCCGAAGUACCGAUCACUGAUCAACAAAACGAUUAAAAGAAACAAAAAGAUUAAAAAAAAUGAUAAAAAGGAAAGAGGAGAAUAAGAGAUACGCAGACAAGUGAUGGAAGUAAAAAAAAAAUGAAAUAAAAACGGCGGCGCCUCUUUUUUGCAAUUUAGCAUUUUUAGUACCACGCCGAGGAAGAGAGCGAGAGAGAGAGAGAGAAAGAGAGAGUGCUUGCGCGAGAGAAAUGAAUGAGAGAAAGAAAGAGAGAAAGAGAGAGAAAGAAAUUCCGUGUAGCUUCAAUUAUUAUAAACGUUUUCAAUCAAACAUUUGUUAUCGUAGAGUGUAACUGAUAUCGUAACGAUCGAUUAUUAAUUCGUACGUCGAAACAUAGAGAAAAAUCGCGCGCUACCAACAGGUUCAACGCCAAGAGACGACGUUUGGUCAUCAAAGAAGCGAAUUGACCUGCGUUCAGUACGGGUGUGGCCGAGGCCGCGAACAAAAUAAGGCAAUUCCUCGAGCUUUCGACCUUCCUCUCGAACCAAUUCCUCUUGCACUCGAUCAUCUAUACGAAGAAAGGAGUAUUCGACGAGAAAAUUGUUCGUCUUCGAGACGAAACGAAAGUUCCUGAAUUGAAGAGGUAAGAGAUUUAUAAUCGCGAAUCGUCGGAUAACAAAAAAAGAAAAAAAAAAAAGAAAAAGAAGAAAAAAAAAGGUAUUUUUCUCGAAGAAAUUUUUCGUUUCGAAAUCGAAAUCGUGCAUCGCAAUCGUGGUAGUCGAUAUAGUUGAAGAGGAGAUAUUGUUGCGAGAAAAGAAGGGUAAACGAUAAACGAGGGGAGAGUUCGUUAAGUUCGUUAUUCUCGUUGAAACGAAAACGGAUGAACGGGAAAUCGCGUGAUAAGGCGAAGGUCGGGAGAAAUGCUCGAAGCUCGUGGUAUUAUCACGCUCGUAAUUUGUACUUUAUAAUACUUUAGGAUAAACAUCGUUGAGGGUUGAAAGGGGACAUCGAGUUUCAAUUCUAAUCUCUGAACUUUCGACGCGCGUCUCGCGACGAGACGUAACGGGACACACGUCGUUGCGGCCGAUUCUAUAUAUUUAACGGCUCGAAAUUCAUUUUUAUAUAUUAAAAAGAAAAAGAAAAAUAAUGAAAAAAAAAAUAUAUAUAUAUAUAUAUACGCGGUAUGUAAGAACGAUCGUUCAAGUCGAAUCUUACGUUGUCGAAAAUAUCGGUAUGCGUAUGGUACCAAUGCCAGUAUCGACAGACUAUUCGUUUGUAGCGAAUUACGGUUCAAAAUUUCUUAUUUUUCUUUCGCCGUUCGAAACGCGUUUAUAUCUAAGCUGGUGGAAAGGUUCUUUUCGUUCGAGCGAUGAAAACAGGAAACCGAGGAAGGAUCUUAUCGAAAUAUAUUUUACGACCCAGUUCGUUUCAACGCGAUCGUCAUCACGGUUGCCCUAAUUUUUCUCCCCCUUUUCGUUCUUUUUUCGUCUUUUUUAUCAUUUUACAUUAAACACGUCAACGAAAAUUCACUUUUCAUUAGUUAUUCUUUCACGCGACGACUCGGAUCAUAGGAUCAUAAAAUGCUUGUCGGACCAAAAUAAUCGUAUAUAAAAUUUUGUAUUUGAUGUUUUCAAAUUGUCAUUCUUGGAAUAUCCGCGAAUGAAAUACGCGAGAGAAUUAUCUUAUUUUGCCAAAUAAUCGAAUUGAUGGAAUCGAACGAAUUCGCGCGUGAUAUGUCAAGUAGUUUAGGACUUGGACAGUCGCGAGGAAAAUAUGAUUCCGUGAUACGAGUCAAAGAAAUAUGAUGAAACUUGUUUGUUUCUCUUCUGAUACGACAAGAUAAAUGUUUAUUCUCCCUGUAUGUCACACGAUCGUGUUGAUAAUAUUGUUUUUUUUCAUUCGUUCAAUAACGUUAAUUGUUAUUAUAUGUCUAGAAAAAAAAAAGAGAAAGAGAAAAACAUCAGGAAAAAUAAGAAAGAGAGAAAGAGGAGGAUAGAAAACGACAGCACGAAUCAGUGUAUAUGAGAGAGCGAGAGAGAAAGAUUGAGAGCUUGAGUGUAUGUACAUACAAGUGUGAAUGAGUGAAACAGAGUGCUAGAAAAUGGGGGAAAAGGGGAUGGAGGAAACAGAAGAGAGAAAAGAAAUUUCGCUUAUAAAGGCUUAACGAUCCAAAAAAAAAAAAAGAAAAAAAAAAGAAAAAAUUAUUCUCUUGGCAAUGACAAGGCGUGAACGCACAUAUCAAAGAGAAGGAGAUGUUGACGAUUUAAUAAAAAAAAAUAUAACUAAAAUAUAUACAUUAGCGGUUAUUAUUAGAGAUUUAAAUUGUAAGAUACUUAGGGAAAAUUAUAAAAAGAAAAAAAUAAAAGGAUAAAAGCGUUACAAAGUUUCUAUAUAUAUAUAUACAUAUAUAUACACGAUUAAAGAAUUAUGUUAAAUAUGUAUUAUAUGUAUGUAUAUAUAAUACAUAUAUUAUCAUAUAUAUAUAUAUAUAUAAAUAUAUAUAUAUAUAUUGUUUUCGAAUGAUGGAUAAACGAUUCAAUCGCGUGCAGAUCGAUUAUUGGACACGUAUUAAUGGUCGCACGCGUGCACACACCCACACACGCACACCGCACUAUGUAUACUAUAAGAGACGUGUGUGUGCGCGUACGAAGGUUACACGCGUGAAAAAUGGCAGGCAAUUAUCGAUCUUUGACGUGUAUAUCACGUCUUUUGUGAUUAGUUGCACGCAACAACAGCCAGGUGUUUCUCUUGCAACGUGCGCGCACGCGUGUACAGAUAUGUAUAUGUAUGUGUAUAUAUAUAUGUAUAUACAUAUAUAUAUAUAUAUAUAUAUAUAUAUAUAUAUAUAUAUAUAUGUGUACAUAUACGUGUCAUCUCGUUUGUUCCAGUUCUUUUUCGCGUAUGUAUAUAUAUAUAUAUAUAUAUAUGUAUAUGUAUAUGUAUAUAUAUACAUAUAUACAUACAUAUACAUUAUAUUUUAUGAUUGUCAUUGUUAAAUUCGUCGCAUGACAUAGGGUUUUACCCCCGUCCAUCGCCGCAGUAGUAAACGUAUUGGAUACGACAUAAUUAAAAAAAAAAUCCGGAUUUUACGAGAUAAACGAAAAGACGAAUGAACCUAGGUUAUCGCAGAAACUUAGAUAAACAAAAAAAAAACAAAAAGAAUGGAUAAAAUAUUACAAAUAAUUAUACUAUUAUACAUACAUUAUCUAUUAUAUACAGGCGCAUAUAAAUAUAUAAAGGUCUAACGUUGUAUACGUCGGGAUGAGAGUCCGAGGAAAUAGAAUGAAUUUAUUACGGCAACGUUUUCUUUCGCUCGUGCGUACGAAUAUAUGACAUUGUCGCUCUUCUAUUAACCCUUUCUCUGCCCUCGAAUAUUCGUUCCACGCGCGUGAUAUGUAUAUAUAUAUAUAUAUAUAUAUAUAUAUAUAUAUAUAUAUUUCCACGUUCCAAUCCUUUUCGAUACAGCUUUUAAAGUGAUGUAAAAUGGGUGAUCAUUUUCUCGUUACAACGGGAGUUAAUCGAAUAAUCGUGAAAUGUAUCGCGAUCCUUUGCGCUUAAACAUCUCGAGGGUCGGCGAUCAACAAUCUCAUUAUUUCUUUGUUACACGUUGCACGAUGAACACAGUAUUCACAAUGAACAUUUCUAUGAAACUUCCACUAGAUUAUCUACCAAAUUAUUUCGAAGUUAAAGAUUAUUGUUAAAUUAUUGUUCAAGAAAAAAUUGUUGUAUACCAACGUUUAUCUAUUCCUAGAGAGAAGAAGGAAAUUUUGUUUUAAAAAGAAAAGCGUGGAGUUGGAGAACGAUGACAGUAUUAGGGUUAAAUUGGAACGUACAAGGAUCGAUUCUGUUUUUCAGAUUAUUUAAGAUACGUACGAUUAGACGAAAUCAGCCUAGUAUGUAUAUACAUACAUAUACAUAUAUAUAUUAUACACACUCCCAUACAUACACUCGAGUACACAAACAAAAAAGACAAAAAAUAUAUAUAUAUAUAUAUAUACAUACAUAUGUAUAAAUAUAAAUAUUAUAUUGAAUUUUACUACGGAUUGCAGUGUGCAUAUGCAAUUUGAUCGAGAAACAACGAGGUCUCGAUAAGCGAUUUGACGAUUUUUGUGAUACCUGUCAAAUAUGUAAACGGCAAAUCGAUCUUCUCGAUAGACGACCACGCUUUUCGUUUGUCUCAGUCAUGGUGUAAUUUCGUAAGGACGCCUGUACAAGCGUAUUUUCAACGGAGACAAGACAAAUGCUGCACCAACGACCAUGUUAUUUACACCUCACGCAGGAUGAUUUUCGGCUUAUAUCUAGAGAAAUCGCUGAUCGCGUGCGAGUUGAGCGUUAACGAGGAUUAAAUGCAAGAUAAAAGAAAAAAAAAGAAAAAAAUGAGUACAAUGAAAUCUCGAAAAAAAAAGAAAAAAAAAAGAAAAAGAAAAAAAGAAAGAAUUCAUAAAUAAAAAUAUAACCGGAUGAUGUUAAAGUAUAAAUGUCGCGUUGGAAUCAAAUCGUUGGCGAACGAGCGUCCAGGAUUGACAAUUGAACAUACAAAUCGAUUGCAUCGUCCUCUUUUCUCUUGUCUCAUAAGAAGAUAUGAAUUCAUGAAUUACUUUUACAGAAAUACGAAAAUCUGUAAGAAUUCGAAAAAGAUCAGCCACCCGUUAUUAUUUUUUGAAUUUUAAUUUUAAAAAAACUGUGUCGUUCGUUGCAUGCUCGUUCAAAAUUAGUGAUCGAAUAUCAAUCGAAGAUCAAUCGGACGCUUGACGUUCGUUCGACGUAGCAGUUCCAUCGCGACCGAUACCGCGUGCAAUAAAACAAAAUAUGUAAACAAUAUUAAUAUCAUUAUAUACAACAUUUUUACGGCAUAUACGAAUACGAUGUAGAGAAAAGCAGGUGAAACAAGUUUAGGAUAAUAUUACUUGUUGUUGUCUACCAUAGCGUUGUAGUUAUAUACAAUACAGGUAGAAAAUUAUAGGCAAGCCGAAGCGAAUGUGUGAAAGAACAAAUGCGAGAGUGUAACGUGAGAGAGAAAAAAAUGCAUGUGAGCAAAAAUGAACGUGAAAGAGAGAGAGAGAGAGAGAUGCGAAUGAGUCAAGAAAGAGAGAGAAGAAAAUUUGAUGCAAUUGACGAGCGUACAUGUUAUUCUUACAUAAUACAACUAUAUAUAUUCACAUAUAUAUGUAUUGUACAUAUAUCUAUGUGUGUGUGUAUAUAUAUACAUACAUAUGUAUAUAUAUAUAUAUAUACAUAUACAUACAUACAAGGAAGCUAGUUAUUUAAAAGCAACAACAACCAACAGAAAAAAAAUCAAUGAUUAAUAUUAUAUACAGAAAUCUAUACAUACAAACUUUAAAGAACGUGUGCCUAUGUGCGCACGUGCGUACGCGCGCGUACGUGCGGACACUCGACAACCCCAAAUCCACCCGAUUCUUACUUCCUACUCGAUCAACCAUUCUGCAACCUCUCUCCUCUUUCUCAAUUCUAACAUUCAUCCAUCCCUUCUCUCUGUCCCCUUUCACUCCCAUCCAUCCAUCCAUCCAUCCACCCAUCCACCCAUCCACCCAUCCACCCAUCCAUCCCUCAACCCCUCUGACCAUUCCAUUCUCAUCCUAUCGCUCUUUUUCUCUCUUUCUAUCUCUCUGUCUCUCCCUCCAUUCUAUUUCACACGCACUUGCGCACAUAUCCAUGACGCAUUAUCGUAGCCGUGUUGUGUAGGGAAUGUCUUUAAUGAAUAAGAUACGAUUUCUCAUGUUACAUGUUAUAAGAAACAAAAAAAAAAAAAAAAAGAAGCAGCAAAAGUAAUUCAAAAAAAAAAAAUAAUAAUAAUAAUAAAAUAAUAACGAGACAAAUCUCUUCUCCGGUCAGUUGCAGGAUCGCUCGAACGUUGUUGAAUCAAUAACCCUGUGGAAGGUUUCGCGUUGUAUAAAAGAGAAAAGAAUAAUAAGAUAAAAUAAAAUAAAAUAUCAAGCGCAGAAAGAAAAAAAUACAUUAAAGAAAAGUGGAAACGAAAUAAAGAAAGACGACUUGAAGGAAAAGGCGAAGGGAACUUUCGUUGUACACAUACACUCUGUACAUUACAAGUUGUUCGUAUUCAUUAUUAUUGUUAUUAUUAUUAUCGCUACGAUUAUUAUAAUUAUUACUAUUAUUGCUACAGAUAUGUGUAUAUAUGUAUACAUGUAUAUGCAGUGUGUAUAUACAUAUAGACACGUAUUACGCGUUUUACACGUGUUUUGCCAGCCGCGGUGUUCCUUUAUUCGUGGCUCAACUUUUUUCUCUCUUUCCACCCAACCCGUUUGCUGUGCCAGAACCAAAGAUCGUGCUUGUCUCGUCAUGAAAAAAUGCGCGAGUCGAUUAAUAAA